CUUAUACGACGGCGAGCUGGAGCAAGAGACUAUGGUUCAAUGUCUGGCGUGUGAUGAUUGGUUCCACGAAAGCUGUCUAAAUCUCCGCGAGCGGUUACCUCUUAGAGAACGGCCACUCACAGCGCCUAGUCCUCCGUCAUCUCAAUCUUCCAAUCCAGCCACGGCACCUGCCGAUGCUUCAACGAAUGAUACCGAAGCAAAGCCAGAAGAAGCCGCUGGGUCUGGUGAGCGAUACUGGGACUACGAGGACGAAGAAGAAGAGGAGGAUCCGUCCAUUCCCAAGGCUCUUAUAUCAGCCACUGAUUACGAUACAUUCGUAUGUGGCGAGUGUCUGGUCCAAAGUCCCAUGCUACUCAAGUGGGCUGGUUCAGCUGGCGCGAGAAUGGUCGUCAGAAAGAGCAGCUCGGAGCCAUGGUAUGUCUACCCAGAGGCGCCUCCAUCACAAGAACCUGCCGAGGUGAAGGACGAGAUAAAGGAAAACGGCAGUGCUGUCUCUGGUCAAAAACGAACAUACCAAGAAAUGGAAGGCACCUCGCAAAUUGCUGACACUCGGGCUGAAGGGGAGCCUGCAACAAAGAAAGUGCGGCGCGAUUCAGAAACAUGUUCUGCUCCCACACCCGAUCCCCCGAUUCAAGCUUUACUGGACAGGAUCAUUGCAAAAAAGGGGCCGUACCUAGAGGGUGAAGGGCUUCAGGGCUCAGGGGAUGUCUUCUUCACGCCAGGAUGGAGAGAAAGGUGGUGUAGAUGCAAAGACUUAGCUUCAAAACCCUAUCUCGACGAAGCAGAAGAUGUAUAUGAAUUACCCGAGGAUCCAGACGCCGGUCUCUCGUUCGAGGAGUUAGGACUCAAAGCCCUUCAGAAUCUUCCCAGAGAACGUGUGAUUGACGGCCUUCGGGCAUAUCAGACUAUGCAGUACGUCCCUUCGUCCGGGCCAUUUUCGACCCAACCACUCCUUCAACGCGCACCCUACAUGAAGUUCCUCCGACGAAAAUCGCAGAGGGAAGAUGAAGUACCGACUUUUGACCAUACUCCACCGCCUCCAACUGGUGGACAAUCGACCAGCGUGGGCAAAGAUCUGCCGCCCACGCCCCUGUACGCUCGAUAUGCACGUAUGGCAUCGACGCCUAGCUUUGAUUCGCUAAAUGGUGCUCCAGAAAACCCUUCAUCUUCUAGAUUUUCAGCUAUCAACGCCAGCACGGCUAGUGGCUUUGGAGGAGCUGCCCCAAGCAUGAACAGCCAAAAUUCAGAGGGUGUUGGUCUCGGUUCUCAUGGAAGAGCAGCUGGCUCUGCUCUGCUAAAUAACGGAAAUAAUUCCUCUACGAACGAAUCUGCUUCUGCAUUGCGAGCGGAGCCCAUCAAAUUAAAGCCGAGGAGGGGCAGAACCAAGGAUGACGCUCCGCGCGUUGUGUCUAUGGUACUAGAUACACCAAAAAGCACAGAAACCCCAAAAUCCUCGAGACAUUCCAGAGGGUUGACAGAUGGAUCAGCAGAACCCAAACCGACUGUGUCCAAACGGUCCAUUGACCAUACAAGCACUAGUAAGACUAUAAAAUACUCGACCUUAAACCUGCUAACAUGGUGA